CAGGUUUACCAGGUUCUUCAUGUGAGGCUGCGGGCAGGAACUUCUCCAAGACCUGGAUCUUGGAUUCUGGAAAGAGCUCUCGAAGAUGAAGAGUACAGACCGUGGACCUACUUCGCUCCGACGGCCGAAGAGUGUGAGGCUAGAUAUGGAGCACAGGCACCUUAUUGUCUUAGCAAUAUGUCCAGAGUUUCACCCAUGGAUGGUGGAGAGGUCCAUGUUAGUCUCAGUCAUGUCUACAAUAAUGUAUCAAAUACAGAGUUUUUGAAGCUGACGAAGGCGAGAUACAUUCAAUUCAGAUUUCAAAAAAUGAACAGUCAGAAACUUGAAAAAGCAAGGCAUGGUUCAGAUAUGGCAAAAAGGUUUUAUUACACUAUUAGAGACAUACUGAUUCAGGGAAGAUGUAUAUGUAAUGGACACGCUUCAAAAUGUUCAAUAUCUGAAGAUAAGAUUGGAAUAUGCGAAUGUAGCCACAAUACCGGUGGUCCUAGUUGUGAUCAUUGCCUUCCUUUGUACAAUCAAGAAAAGUGGCGCAGUGGAACCCCCAAAGAAGCCAAUGCAUGCCAGAAAUGUCAGUGCCAUGGCCACGGUUUAUCGUGCUCAUAUGAUGCCGAGGUGGCUGAUGCAGGACUGAGCCUAGACUCAAAAGGGAGGUUUUCAGGUGGUGGAGUUUGCAACUGCACUAACCAUACGACUGGAAUCAACUGCGAAAAAUGUGAUGUCGGAUGGUACAGACCCAGUGGUGUAAGGCCGGAUGCUCAUGUUCCAUGUAUCCCUUGUGACUGUAAAAGUCCUGGAUCAACUGGAUAUUGUAUAAAAGAUAAUUCUGAGGAACAUCUCGGAAAGAUCGCAGGAACCUGUGAAUGUCAAGAAGGCUUUACUGGUCUAAAAUGUGACAGAUGUGCACCAGGUUAUAAGGAUUUUCCAUCCUGUGAUCCGUGUACCUGUGAUUCUAGAGGAAUGCUUCCUGGAACAUCCUGCCAUUCCCAGUGCUUCUGCAAAGUAAACGUAGAAGGGAAACUUUGUGAUAAAUGCAGGGAAGGACAUUAUUUCCUAGAUCGAGAUAAUCCUGAUGGUUGUACUGAGUGUUACUGUUCUCACGUUACAAAUGUUUGCAGUUCUGCUGUUGGUUAUAAACCAAAAGAGGUACUUGAAAUGAAAGGAUGGAAAGUUACUGAUUUAUCGACAAGUUACAUCGUCGAACCGUACAAUCCUGACCCAGAUGCUGCAACUAUUUCAGUAGCAGAUAAUCAAAUGCCCGAUAUUGAGAAUUAUUAUUGGAUGGCUCCACACGUAUACAGAGGAAACAAAUUGACCAGUUAUGGCUCAACUGUCACUUUUACCGUGAGUUGGGAUGUAUUGAGGGGUGACACGAGUGGAAAAGCAACUACUGGCCCUGAUCUGGUCCUGAUUGGACACAAUGGACUAAAAAUAGGCUACGGUAAUACGUGGCAUGAAUCAAAGAACAUGAGUAUUACUGUCCAAUUAACACCUGAUGGUUGGUAUCACAUUGUUGAAGAUACAAAAGACGUUAUUGCAAGGUCUAGAAGAAAUCAUGAACCUUGGGAAGAAUACAGAGGGGAUGAUGUCAAUAGGCACCAACUGCUAAGUGUUUUAGCAGACAUAAAACACUUUCUUGUCAGAGCGAAAUUUCAUACUGACCAAGUUGAAGGAAGUUUAGAUUCCUGUGUUCUUGAAAUGGGAGUCGAAGGCUCUAAAGGAGCAGAUUUGAACAUUUUGGAAAAAUGCGAAUGUCCGGAAGGAUAUAAAGGACUUUCUUGUGAAAGCUGUGACUUUGGAUACGCUCGAAUCACUCAUGAAGGGACAAUGCUCCGUCACCAUCCUAUUUGUACAAAGUGUAAUUGUAAUGGCCAUGCUCAAACUUGUGAUGCCAUCACUGGACAGUGUAGUACUUGUGAGCACAACACCACUGGUGUCCAAUGUGAGCAAUGUAUUGACGGCUAUUAUGGUGAUCCUACUAAAGGUACGCCAAAUGACUGUAGAAAAUGCCUAUGUCCGUUAGUUCAAGGUUCCAAUAAUUUUAGCCCAACUUGCGAAGCAGAUAAUCUUGGCUACAUUUGCACUAAAUGCCCGGUAGGGUACACUGGAAGGCACUGUGAGAAGUGCGAUGCUGGCUAUUUUGGGAAUCCCGAAGAGCUUGGUUCCAAAUGUGAAUCAUGCAAUUGCAAUAAUGGUCCAUGUGACCACCUAACUGGUCAAUGUUUGACUUGCCAUGGCAAUACAGAAGGAGGGAAAUGUGAUAGGUGUAAACCAUUUCAUUAUGGUUCACCGAACACAACUGGAUGUUUUCCUUGUGAAUGUAGUAUUACCGGUGGUGAAGAAGGGGAAGCUUGUGAUAUCAUUACAGGACAGUGUAAAUGUAAGGAAAGAUUCACUGGCAGGGCAUGUGACAGGUGUGAGACAGGAUUGGGGAAUGUGUCAGCUGGAUGUUUGCCGUGUGCCUGUAACAAGAUUGGUGCUGUUUCUUCUAUAUGCGACCCAGUUACUGGUAUAUGUUCAUGUCACCCAGGUGUUUCUGGGCUCUUAUGUGAAAACUGUUUACCUCAACAUUAUGGUUUUUCAUCAACCGGUUGUACUUCCUGCUCUUGUCACACCUUAGGAUCUAGAAGUCUUGAUUGUGAUGCAAUAACAGGAGAAUGUAGUUGUAAGGAACAUGUAGUUGGACGCACAUGUAGUAUAUGUGAGACUGGUUACUGGGGGCUGAGUAGUACAGGUUGUGUGAAAUGUGAAUGUGACAUUCUUGGUUCUAAAGAGCAUGGGUGUGACCAAGAAACUGGACAGUGUUAUUGCAAACCAGGAGUAGGAGGAUUGAAAUGUGACCAGUGUCUUCCAAGAUUUUACAACAUGUCUUCCGAAGGAUGCUCAGAAUGUGAUACAUGUGACUUGCCUGGACAUGUAUGUGAUCCUGACACAGGUGCUUGUGUUUGUCCACCCUACACCACAGGUUUGGCAUGUGAAGAAUGUUUGCAACACACUUGGGGUUUUCAUCCGCAACAUGGCUGCAAGGCUUGUGAUUGUGAUAAACAUGGAUCUUAUGAUGGAAAAUGUGAUCCUUUGACAGGGAAUUGCCAUUGUCGAGAAGGUUACAAAGGUCCAAAAUGCCAAGCAUGCUCAAGGGGCUACUAUGGUUUUCCAGUAUGUCAGAAAUGUGGCUGUGAUACCACUGGAACUAAAAAUCAGUAUUGUUUUGAGGGUCUUUGUGAUUGUGACAACACAGGGCAAUGUCCUUGUAAGGAAAAUGCUGUAGGCCUUCAUUGCUCCUUAUGCAAAGACGGAACAUUUGGAAUGAACUAUGAUGAUCCUAAUGGUUGUACGGAAUGCUUCUGUUUCGGUCGCAGUACCAAAUGUUCUGAUGCUGGUCUUACUUGGACUCAAAUUCGAAUUCCUAGACCAAGAACCCUGAUGAUUAAGUAUGAUAAUGACUCAUCAUUCAUCGGAAACAUCUAUCCUGUUAAUACUCAAGAAAUAUGUUACAUAAAUCUUGCUAUGCCAGGAAAUGGAGGUAUUGUGAAAAAAGACGAUAAACAGCUAAAUUUAACAAACAAUCUUCGAAUCAUUCCAAGUGAUGAUGGUGAUGUUGAAUUGGGAGUAAAUUAUUUCUUCGAUGCUCCUGUUUAUUGGCAGUUGCCAGACAACUUCCUCGGAGAUAAGGUGCUUUCAUAUGGUGGUUACUUGAGAUUUUGCGUUGAGACUAAAGGCGAACACACACUGUUUCCGUCUACUGUCCUUUUAACAUAUCCUCUAAUACAAAUUCAGGGAAAUGAUAAAUUAAUUCUUGAGCAUUUCCCGCUUUUGCCAAAUCCGACAAAAUGUCAUCAAGUAAGGCUGCAAGAAUCGCUUUGGAAAGUGAAAAACAAUCCUCAAGAAAAAGUAAGCAGGGAAAUGCUGAUGAUUACUUUGCAAAAUGUCCAACACGUCCUCAUAAGAGCCAGCGACUCAAUUGAUUUUACCGAGGCAAGUUUGCGAGAUGUUUCUCUGGAUUCUGGAACUCCAUCUAGAACCAAAGUUACUAAUCCAGCUCAUGGUUUGGAAUUAUGUGAUUGUCCAGUCAACUACAACUCAUCAUCAUGUCAAGACCCGAGUUUAGGAUUUUUUAGGUCGAAAAGUCCCAUGGUAACUUCUACGAUAAUAAUACAGCUGGUGGGAGAAGCGAAACCUUGUGAGUGCAAUGGCAGAUCUUCUGUAUGUGAUAUUGAAACUGGACAUUGUCGUGAAUGUAGCCAUAAUACUGCUGGAUUCAAUUGUGAAUUCUGUGCCGAAGGAUAUUAUGGUAAUCCACAAGAAGGAAAAGAUUGUCUUCCGUGCCCUUGCCCUUCACCUGAGCAAAAUUUUGCUAAGACCUGCAUCGUUGAGCCAAAUGAGGAUCCUAUCUGCAUCUGUAAAGAAGGUUAUACUGGACCUCUGUGUAACAGGUGCAGUCCUGGGUGGUAUGGACAUCCAACAGCAAUUGGUGGAAAAUGUCAACCUUGCAUGUGUAAUGAAUUUGGCAGCCUAAGUGAUGAAUGUGACGAAGAACAAGGAUUCUGUACUUGUAAAGCAAAUGUAACUGGUAGGGAUUGUUCUCAGUGUGUUUUCCCAAGACAUGUUCUUGUUGAUUAUAGUGGUUGCUCAGAAUGUUCUGAUCCAUGUGUUACAUUAUUAUUAGACACAGUCAGCAAUUUGUCAAAAUCUCUUGAAUACAAUACUUACAAUAUUAUUACUGGUGCACUUGCUCCUCCCCGGGAGACGUUGAUGUCGUUUAGAACAAACUUUAGUGAUCUUAAUGACACUUGGUUCACUACUAAGGAAAAUCUUCUAGUUUCUGAAACUUUGAACAACAAUGUAGAGAGCGAGUUUAGAAUGAAAUUGAAACAUCUACAGAACAAAGUAAAAAAGGCGAAGAAGAAAGGCGAAACUUCACUAGAAUCUGCCUUAGAACUAAAAAUAAUUACAGAUGACAUGCAACGUGAAGUUGGUGCAACUAAAGAAGAAGUUUAUGAUACCAUAGAUCGCUUGCUCACCUAUGCAGAAGGCGACAAAGAACAGAUAAGUACUUCAGCGAUGCUUCACGAGGCGAAACAAGUCUUAGCGAGGGUAUUGGAUACAGAUCUUGAGGCUAAUAAGAGGCACGGAAAUGAAGUACUUAGGCUUUGUAAUAAUACACUUAAUGAUCUUCAUUAUAUUCUUGGAGAGAGAAAUGAAGUUCGCCAAUUGGCUGACAAACUGGAAGACUUGUUAAUGAAGAUGGAUGAUUUUGAUAGAUUAGCUGACGAAACAUUAAAAAAAAGAGACAAAAUAGUGAAACUGAACACAGAUAAUAAAAAUAAGACUGAAAUUUUAAGAAAUAAUUUUAGAGAAAUAGAAAAUGCUUACAAUGAAGCUAAUAAAGUUCUCAACAAGACUAACUAUAUGAACGAAGUUACCAAAGUUAAUAUACAAGAAGCUGAUGAUAACCUAGAAGCCAUCAAGACUCUGAAAAAUGAUCUGCAUCAUUCAACUAGACUGAUUCAGAAACGUGCGAAUAUACUCCGCCACAACAAUGAGCUAUAUUAUGAUCAAUACGUAGGGUUAGCUAGGCAACGUGCUGAUGAUUUAAUGAAUACAACAGAGAAAUAUGUUGGUAUGUUCAAGAAAGACACUGGAAGUGCGAUGAAAGCGAGCACAGCUUAUCAGGAUAUUGUUGAUGCAAUUCAUGAGGCACUCGAUGCAGCUAAGAAUGCAUCAUUAGCUGCAGAUGUUGCUUAUGAAAAGGCGUAUCCUGGUGUCGGCACUGAUUCAUUAUUUGAUCAGUCAAAAUCUUCGAGGGAAAUAUCAAAUGAGUUGAGUAUCCGUGCCCAGGAUCAAUUGGACAGGGUAUAUGCGCUGCCUCCUGACUUAUAUCAAUAUACCGAAUCAUUAAAUAAGCUGGAAGAAAAAAUAAAAAAUGUUACAAACGAUGACAAUUACAUCAACAAACAAAUUAAUGAGCUUUUAAAUCAAUUAUUAUCUGUAAAGAAUUCAUCUUUGGAAACGAUUAUAAACUGUGAUAACACUUUGCUAACAACUCAGGAAAUCAUGGAUAGUGUUUCAUUUUUGUCACACAAUAUAUCAACAAAUUUAAGAGGAAGGGUAAAACAACUGGAAAAUGAUGGGGAAAUCAGUCUCAACACUGGAGAUAUAAUUGAUGAAGUACAAUCGAACAUCAAGAAAGCUCACGAUAUGGUUAAGAAAAUGACUUUUGGUCUAAAUGAACAAACAAAACUUUUCUCUGAAUGGAAUGAUACAAUUUCUGGUAAAUUAGAGACGCUUAGAAAUAAAAUCACGCAAGCCCAUCAUGUAACUAAUGGCAUAAGGCUCUCGAUGACAAGUAUCGGUGAUAACGGAGGCAGUUGUGUUCGAACUUAUGAACCAGAUCACUUAGAACCAAGCACUAUGACUUCAGUAGUUCUCACAUAUGCUAUCAGUUCUCAAUUAAGAGAUGCACUUCUGUUUUACCUGCCAAGUUCAACAACAAAUGAUUUCAUUGCUAUUGAAAUGGUGAACAGAAAAAUCAGAUUUGUUUGGAAUGUUGGUGGAGGUUUGGGCGAAGUUACUCACCCUCAUCACAUACAAACUGCUGGAGAUCUGAGCAAAGAUCAGCAUUGGUACAAAGUAGAAGCAGAAAGGGUAUCAAAUAUUGGCCAUUUACGAGUGAGGCCAGUCGUUGUUCCUGAAGGAUCUGUACUCGCUAACAUGUCAUUUGCUACAAACUCUUCAACUCCAGGCAUUGGGAGGCUUGACGUUGCUCCAGGAGAUCGAGUUUGGGUCGGUGGUGCAGCAGACAGACGACAUGAGAACAACUUGCUGUCAACCCAGACAGGGCUUGUUGGCUGCCUUCAUCAUUUAUAUCUCAAUGAUAGGCCGAUAGGUUUGUGGGACUUCACAACACAAAAUCCAAACUCUUGUACAGCGUGUGUGGAAGGUGCUGAAGAGCGUAAAGAUAUUUCUUCAUUCACUUUCUUGGGAGAUGGUUAUGCCGUUCUUCAUCAUGAUAGUGUUAGUGCUUACAAUAAAUACAUUUUUAGCGUUUCCUUAUCAUUUAAAACAUAUGAUAGUAAUGCACUCUUGUUUAUCGGAAUUGGACCAGAACAGGAGAGAUUUAUAUCAUUGACAUUAAAAGGCGGACGACUAGUGUUUAGAAUAAAUUAUGGUGUAGAAUCGACUCUAGAAAUGUCUUCUUUUGAGAAGUACAACACAGGAAACUGGACAAGGGUAGAAGCUAGUCGUUAUUUUGAUAGGAAAAAGAAAUUGGAAAAGGGGGUUUUGAAAGUUGGAAAGGAGAAGAGAGAUGGUGCUCCAACUCCACCACCAAGCCAAGAUAUGAUUCCUGAUAUGUCUUCAGCAAGUUAUUAUGUCGGUGGUUUACCUCCAGAUGUCAAGCUUAAAGUGAAUGUUCCUGGUUCAUUCUUAGGAUGUAUGAAAGAUCUUCAAAUCGAUCAGGGUGAAUACAGCCUAUUGAAAGGGCAGAACUGGGGAAUACAAGCUUCUUGUUCUAAAAAGUCUAUUACUGUUGCUGGCUUUCAUGGACAAGGCUACAUUGAAUUGCCUUCUCACACAUUAAAAAAAAAAGACAAUUUUGGUUUUGUCUUCUCAACUUCGCAGAGAGAUGCACUUUUAAUGUUGUCUACAUUCGAAGGACUGGAUCGUUUGAGCUAUUUUUCUGUAAGCUUACUGCGAGGACAGAUAGAUGUCAGGCUUAAUGCUGGAAAGGGAGAAGUACGUUUGGCCAGCAUCAGCUCUGAGUAUUCAGAUUCUAGAUUCCAUACCGUUAGCAUCGUGAAGAACGGAAGGAGAUUGGAGUUGCGAGUUGAUGACAGUCUUGAUUCUACAACUACAUUGCCAGAAGGAGCAGUCACGCUAAAAGCACCAGGAGAACUCGGUGGUCUUUAUUUUGGCGGUCUGCCUCCAGGUUUCAACAGCACUGGUCGUACCUUUUCUAAUAUACCAUUUAUUGGAACGAUUAAGGACAUAAUUUUCAAUGAAAAAAUUUUUGGUUUCGAUCAUCCUAUAAAUUUUGAAGGUGUUACAAUCGGAAGAUUUGGACCUGGCGGAGGUGAUACAGAUGGCCUACUUCCAAGGAGCUCAAUAGGCUGUCGCAAAGUAACAAGCUAUACGUUAGAACCAGGAGCUGUUAAAUUUGGAGAUAAUCCUAAUUCAUACGUGGAGCUUAACUUCAGGAGAAGAGCCAUAUUACAGAAAAACUUUACUCUUGAACUUGAUUUCAGAACAUUCUAUCCAAAUGGACUCAUAUUUAUGAUACCUGGAGUCAAAGGAAAACAACCUCAUUAUUUAAUGGCAGCUCUCCGAAAUGGUCGUGUACAAAUCGUCUUGAAAGGUAGAAGAAAAAUCGAAACAACUGCACAUGCUGUUUUUAAUGAUGGAGUUUGGCAUAAGAUGAUCCUCGAAAAAGAAGAUAGAAGAAUGACUCUUAAAGUUGAUUCAAUUGAUCCUGAAAAAACCAAAACACCUAAAAAAAUGAAUGUUGGUCACAUUAUUUAUAUCGGAGGCUUACCCGAAUCUGGUGUGAUGCUCCCACAACCACUGCUCAACAAAUUAGAAGGAUUCAAAGGAUGUAUAAGAGGCCUGAAGGUGAAUAAUCAUGAGGAAUACCUGCUCAGUGAAAAGUCGACUCCACCUUAUCGAGUUGGACAGUGUAUUCCCCAGGUAGAAAGGGGAUCCUAUUUUCCAGGAGAUGCUUAUGCUGUCUACAAAAACAAAUUUAAUAUGGGAACGUUAGUCGAAUUUGAACUAGAGUUCAGAACAUCUGAAUUAAAUGGAAUAAUUUUAAGUGUCUCCGAACCUGAAGGAUAUCCUGCUCUCUCUUUAGAACUUCUUGAUGGGAAAGUUGUAAUGAAAGGAGACAUGGGUGACCGAAGACCUUUCAGGAUGGAGCAAGGCUUAGCGACUGAAUAUGCUAUAUGUGAUAAUAGGUGGCAUAGGAUCCAUGCUACGUAUAUCAAUGAUCAACUUACGCUACGUGUUGAUAACCUUGACCAAAGCUACUGGCUGUCUGACAACGGCCAUUUGACUGAAGCUUCAACUAAUAGUCCUUUGUAUAUUGGUGGCAUUCCGGAAAAUGCUUCAAGUGGGACUUUAGAGACGAGAGAAGAUUUCAAAGGGUGUAUGAGAAACAUAAUUAUCAAUGGGGAGAGAAAAGAUUGGAUAAAUAUGGCUUCGUUACACCACAUCCUUCUUAGCUCGUGUCCUCUGGUAGGAUGAUGAUGAUGAACUUCUGUAUCUCUUUAGAAGAAAUAUGCCUGUGCGCAGGUCGAACAAAGUACAAACUGAAAUAUGACUAAUUAUUUAUUUAUUAUAAACGAGUAACGCGGAUCGGAGAAAAGGGGAUAAAAGAAGUGAUUAGUAAGUUAUACCACGGAUGAUAUUGAUGAAUAAGAAUUUACCUCUUGAGGAGGUUUUGUAUAUUUUAUAUUUUACUUUUUAUAUUUGUUGUAAAUAAUUUAAAUUAUUAAGCAUGUAAAAAUGCAACAAUAAAAAAAAAUAUGUUAUUUUUUUUCAA